CGCCCGGAGCGGCUCCACGGGCAGCGGAGGCAGCAGUAACAGUAGCAGAAGCGGCAGCAGUAACAGUAGCAGGAGCGACAGCAGCAGCGCCGCAGCGCCGAUCGCCCAUAGCCGGCCAUGGGGUUUGGCCGCCCGCCGGCCCUCCGCUCCCCGCCGCUGCAGACAGCUGUAUAUGGCUUAAAUGGACAUCAAAGUACAUUUCUCUGCUGGAAUAUACACUCCCGGAUGAUCUGAUUCUUGGUGAACUAUCUACGAGGAAAGAAAGAACCAAGCUCUGCUUUCUACACUUUGGGUCCUGCACAGAAAACCUGGAAUGUGGAAGGAUGAGGACCUGUCUUUGUUGAAGCCAUAGUGGGAGAGACUUCCAAGCACCGUGAGGGGAGGAAAAAAAAUACCCAGUUUUGCCUUUUUUUAAAGCCUGUCUGGGGAAGACGAAUCUUCUUCCCCCAUGGACGGAGGUACUGCAGUCAGUAGGUGCAGCCUAGGCCCCAGGUGGUGACCAGCCCUGAGAGGGCCAGCAGCAGCCUGUCCUUGUUGCCUUAGCUUCCCCCCACGUCGUGCUCCACCAGCAGCAAGAUGGUCACCAUCAGGAAAAGGAACUUGAAGGUCUUCACAUUUGCCUUUGUGCUUGUCACGGUGACGUCUUUCCUGCUGAACUACAAGCACCAGGUAACCAUGAUCACUUGGGAUCCUAAACAUAUCAUCACUCAGUUUUCUGAGCACAUCCGAAGGCUCAUCAAUUUUCCUCGGAGGCCGUGCAGCUGUAGCACCUGUAUUUCCGAGCUGGGACAUUCCCUCUGGUUCGACCAGAGGUUUAACUCAACUAUGCAACCUUUCCUGACCUCACAAAAUGCCUUGAUCCCAGAGGACAGCUACAGGUGGUGGCUGAAACUGCAAGGAGAGAAAUCUCCAAAGAAUAUUAAUGAUACUCUCAAGGAAUUGUUUGAUAUCAUUCCUGGGGACAGGGACCCACUGCAGGAGCGAGGCACUUUCUCAUGCAGACGGUGUGCCGUCGUGGGCAACUCCGGCAACCUUCGUCAGUCUCAGUAUGGCCAAGAAAUUGACUCCCAUGACUUUGUGCUCAGAAUGAACCGGGCACCCACCGUUGGCUACGAAUCAGAUGUUGGGAGCAAGACCACCCACCACUUUGUUUAUCCUGAGAGCUACAAAGAGCUGGCAGAAAAUGUGAGCAUGAUCUUGAUCCCUUUCAAAACCCUGGACCUACGCUGGAUUGUCACCGCUCUCACCACAGGCACUAUCAACUUCACAUAUGUUCCUGUUCCAAGGAAAAUCAAAGUGAAGAAAGAAAAGAUCCUGAUUUACAAUCCAUCUUUCAUCAAAUAUGUCUAUGAAAACUGGCUUCAGAAUCAUGGGAGAUACCCUUCUACAGGCCUUCUUUCUGUGAUAUUUGCACUCCAUGUAUGCGAUGAGGUGAAUGUUUAUGGUUUUGGAGCAAACAGCAAAGGACACUGGCAUCACUACUGGGAAAAUAAUGCUUCAGCUGGGGCUUUUCGAAAGACAGGUGUCCAUGAUGGGGAUUUUGAGUCCAAUGUAACUUUGACUCUUGCCUCCAUUGAAAAAAUAAAAUUUUUCAAGGGCAGAUGACCCUAGCCACAGGGACAAGCAGGGGCUGCAAUUUCCAACAUGCAGCAGUACAAAGCUCAGUGAAGAUGAUCUGGAUGCCAGCCAGGUUUGAAGGUGUGAAUCUGGAGUGGAUUCGGAGUGUCACACUGCUGCAAUGCUCACCAGAGGGAGCUUGGCCAAGGACCAGCUUCUAUGCUGCUCUUGAUUUGCUAUCUACAGAUAGCUGGGAUCUACCAAUCAGUUGUGGGAAUAAAUGACAUCCUGACUUACUCCUUAGGCUCUACCUGUUGCAAUUCAGGUAAACCUGGGCACAGGAACUGCUGUUUGUAUGUCCAUUUUUUCCUUGACUAAGGCAAGAAAUCCUUGAAGGACAUGGAAAAUGUCUUCUGGGAUUUGACACUUACUAGAGUAGCUCUGAACGUCAUAGUAAGGAUUACCUCAAAGAAAUGAAUUCAGUUCUGCUGUUAAUCUUCUUUUUGAAUUCUCUUCUGUUUCCUCUGUUACUUCUGGUUUUAUGCACUACAAAGCAAAAACAUGAUGAAGUUGCCUGGAGUAGUAACUGUUUCUGCCAUUGCCACAUUCUUCAUUGAUGGCAUCUGGAAAAUACAAAUCAAAUCACCUGUGAUCGUUACUUAUUUAUUAUUGAUUCCUAUACAGCCAUAUUAAGAAAAAAAAAAUACUGAAAACUCUAGGAAAAAGAAAA